CUCUGUCAGCUUCAUACUCAUAUGCAGCUAUACUCAUAUUUUAAUGAGAAUAAAAUGUUGUUCUAUUUGCAAAGUACAGACCCAAACGAAUACGGGACAGUAAAGCUACAAACAAACUUAGGUCUACAGAAUGAGGCGCUUGCAUUCAGAAUGGUUGACUUCAAUACUAUCGCUUCAUUCGUUAUAACAGAUGAAACAGAUUUCAUGGAGAUUGAAAUAGAUGGAAAGAAGCACGAAAUAAGAUUUCACAAUAAUGUAGAAUAUAAGAUGGAAACAUUAGCUGGAGUGUUAAAUGCUCUCAUAAAUACUACAAGGAUAACGAAGAAAACUUAA